AUGAAUUCAACCACUGGACAAGGACAGCCAUCAUGCAGAGACACCAAGGAGAAAGCCGCGGAGCCAAUAGCCAUCAUCGGUAUGGCAAUGCGGUUGCCGGGCGGCGUACGAUGUGGUGAAGAUUUCUGGGAAAUGCUCGUAAACAAACGAGAUGGCUUUUGCGAGGCGCCUCCCUCGCGCUGCUCUCGCGAGGCAUCCAGCAGCGUCGACUGUGGAAUUUCCAGCGAACCGAGGAAAGGAUUCUUCUUACAAGAAGAACCAGCUUGUUUCGAUCUUGCCUUCUUCUCCAUUCCACCGCACGAGGCCGGACGCCUCGAUCCCCAGCAACGGCUCUUGCUUGAGGUGGUUUGGGAGUGCCUGGAGAAUGCGGGGGAGACCAAAUGGCGAGGGGAAAAGAUCGGAUGCUAUAUUGGAGUUUUCGGUGAAGACUGGCUCGAGAUAUCGCACAAAGACCCGCAGUAUCUAAAUCAGGUAUACCCCAUCGGCACCGGCGGCUACGCUCUUGCGAAUCAGGUGUCGUACAGGUUUGAUCUACUGGGUCCUAGCAUGACCAUUCAGACGGCUUGCUCCUCAUCACUGGUCGGCUUGCAUGAGGCUUGCCAAGCACUGCAAUUCGGGGAGUGCUCAACAGCCCUCGUGGGCGGGACCAGCCUUAUAUGGGGCCCGACCAUGACAGAUGCUAUGACCAAAAACACGGUACUGUCUCCAAGUGGUAUCUCACAUACCUUUGACGCCAAUGCAGAUGGUUAUGGUCGAGGCGAAGGGAUCAACUGCGUAUAUCUUAAGCCGUUGCGGGAUGCUCUUCGAGACAGUGACCCUAUUCGCGCUGUCAUCCGCUCCACAGUGACCAACCAUGACGGGAAAACUCCCACUUUCUCUCAGCCAUGUCCUACAUCUCAAGAGAGGUUGAUUCGUCAGGCAUAUCGAGCCGCGGGGAUUGACGCUAUCCACGAGACGCCAGUCUUUGAAUGUCACGGGACAGGGACGACCGUGGGAGAUGUGAUCGAAGCAUCGGUUGUUGCGAAGAUGACUGGACGUGACGAAACCUACAUCACGGCAGUGAAACCAAAUGUCGGUCACUCGGAAGGGGCCUCAGGCAUCACAAGCAUCAUCAAGUCCGUCUUGGCACUCGAACACAAGACUAUUCCACCCAAUAUCCAUUUCCAAACACCCAAUCCCAAUAUACCAUUCACUGAGGGGAAUCUUCAUGUUCCUCUAAAGCCGACUCCAUGGCCGGUCGAUCGAGCUGAAAGAAUCAGCGUGAACUCGUUUGGUAUCGGCGGUUCCAAUGCCCAUGCUGUCCUCGAGUCCCCCCCUGGUGUUGCUGUGGACUCUCUGCCGACGGCGUCAAAUCGGUCUAAUCCGCAUCUCUUGGUUGCCUCUGGGCACAAUGCAGAAGCUCUCCGCAAGCGUAUUCGCCAGAUCGUCCACUAUGUCGAGAAUCACUCGGAUCGUCUCCACGACCUGUCGUACACUUUGAGCGCCCGCAGAUCACAUCUUUCCCAUCGAGCUUUUGCAGUGCUACGGUCUAGUGCAUCUGUUCUAGAAGAUGGUUCAUUUUCUAGCUUCGGUGUCACUUCCCCGAAUGUCAUAUUUGUGUUCACGGGCCAGGGGGCUCAAUGGCCUGGAAUGGGGAAACAUCUCCUUGCCAACUUCCCGCAGUUCAAAAACGAUAUCAAGAUAAUGGAUGAAAUACUGCAGAAAUUGCCAGAUUCCCCAAAUUGGUUACUGCACGAUGAAUUAAAUCAAGAAAGCUCAGUUGCAGGAGUCAAUGAGGCUGAAUACUCUCAGCCAUUAUGCGUUGCUCUUCAAAUUGGCCUGGUUAACAUUCUUAGAGGCUGGGGCAUUCAACCAUCCGCGGUUGUCGGUCAUUCCAGCGGGGAGAUUGUGGCGGCCUAUGCCGCCCGAGCCAUUACGAUGAAAACUUCGAUUAUCCUGGCGUACUAUCGAGGAAAGGUCGCAAAGCCACUCGAAGGAUUAGGCGCGAUGGCGGCCGUGGGACUCUCCCCGGAUGAAGUGACACCGUACCUGACCCCCGGCGUAGUAGUUGCCUGUCACAAUAGUCCGAAUAGUGUCACCUUGUCUGGAGACCAUGGUUCGGUCGACCGUGCGAUUAAAAGCAUUAAGACGGGGAGCCCAGAUACAUUGUGUCGCCGGCUUCCAGUGAAAAUAGCUUAUCAUUCUGACCACAUGAAACAUAUUGGUUCCGAAUAUGAGCAUUGUAUCUGCAGUCACAUCGAACACGAGCAAGAUAUGCUCCCUUUCUGUUCAAGCGUAACUGGUCAAACAAUCACCGACCCGCGCGAACUGGAUGCGUCGUACUGGCGACAAAAUUUGGAAUCACCUGUACUCUUCACCGAGGCUAUUCAGAGUAUUCCUGCAAGUGGAUCGCCUAUCUUCAUAGAGAUUGGGCCACAUUCUGCACUAGCUGCUCCUCUGCGACAGAUCUUCCGAACAUUGGCAGUAAAGUCACCGGUUUACAUCCCUACCUUGUUCAGGUAUGAUGAGGACGUUCAAAGCCAGCUACUGAAGACAGCGGGGCAAGUGUUUGCAAGCGGUGCCGCAGUCAAUCUUUCAAAGAUAAUUGAGCCUGGAAAGCCAUUAACAGAUCUCCCUCCUUAUCCUUGGCAACAUGAUCGGCCUUAUUGGAGUGAGAGUCGACUGAGUCGAGAAUGGAGACAGCGCAGGUUCCCGCACCACGAAAUCCUCGGUUCUCGCGUCGUUGAGACGCCUGAUCAUGAGUCCUCGUGGCGCAACCUACUCUCACUGGAUAAUGUGCCCUGGCUUUUAGAUCAUGUCAUUCAAGGAGCCGUCACGUUCCCAGGUGCUGGGUUUCUUGCCAUGGCAGGCGAGGCUGUCCUGCAAAUACACCAGGAGAAUGACAGUUAUUCAGUGCGCAACACAACCUUUAUAACGCCAUUACUCUUCCACGAAGGAGAUCAGAUCGAGAUUGUGACUUGUCUCAGCCCAGUUGAAGUGGCUGACAGGGUCCCAUCCGGCUGGUAUGGAUUCAGGAUUAUGGUCCAUGACGGUGAACGGUGGACAAUUCAUUGUCAGGGUCAAGUGAGAGCUGGAUAUGAUCAUCCCCCAGAGCCAUGGUCAAUAUCUCCUUAUGAGAGAGCUGUGCCGCCCGAAGGAUUAUACCGUGUGCUUCAGAGAAGCGGGAUAGAAUAUGGCCCCCAGUUCCAGGGCCUUGAGGAGAUCACAGCCGAUCCGACGGGGUUGAGAGCAACCGCGACUAUCAUGGGUAAUCGUGGACUACCCGGAAGCAGAUAUGCCUUGCAUCCAACUGCAAUUGACCAGGGUCUUCAGCUUAUGGGCGUGGCUUGCUCUCAGGGAUUGACGCGUCACCUCAGCACAAUAUACGUUCCAGCAAUGAUUGAUUCUCUGUUUGUCGGACUAGGUGGUCCACCUAUGACAGCAAACGCUCGAACCAAGAGCGGUGUACGGGACGGCCAGAUGGGCGAUACCAUAGCUAUGCUUGAUGAUCGAGUGGUUCUGUCUAUUCAAGGAGCCUAUCUUUUCGCCUUGGAAAAUGAUCAAGUAGAUGCUGGCACUGGACCCGCGGGCUCAGUAACCCAUCUCGAGUGGAAACCAAAUGUCGACUCAAUAUCCCCAGCGGCACUUUUAUCUACGCCACAAGCCUUCACUGUACAAGCGAUGAAUAUCAAAGCUUUGGGCCAGCUAUCCGCGCUUUAUGUCCUGGAGACGGCUGAAAGAAUCCGAGACCUCGAGCCAACGUUACCGCACCUCGCUAAAUGGAAGAAAUUCAUUCUGGGCGCAGCUGAAAAUAUGCAAACCUCUGGAAAGCAGUCCAUCUACCCCGAAUCAGCUCAAUGGGCAUUGAUGAAUUCUGCAGAAAGACAAGAAAAGAUACGAGACGUGCUCGCUGGAACCAAGUUUACCUUUGAUACUGCCCUUGCGGACUGUAUUCAGGUUGUUUCGGAGAACAGCGCAGCAUUCCUGAAGGAAGAGAGCAAUCCCCUGGAGGUCCUUAUGCAAGACAACCUGCUGCACCGCUUCCAUGCGGCACAUACGCAGUAUGCUGACUGGAGCCCCUUUCUCCCUUUGCUGUGUCAUUCAAACCCGAGCCUACGGGUCCUUGAGAUUGGCGCAGGCACUGGUUCUGGAACAGCCAUGGCUCUAGAUCUGCUCAAAUCCGCUGGCGGGGAGCGUAUGUAUGAACAGUAUGUUUUUACUGACAUAUCCUCCGGAUUCAUGGCCACGGCAAAAGAGAAAUUUGCCAAUGAGCAGUGCAUCGAUUACAAAGUUCUUGAUAUUACACUAGAUCCUCUCGAACAAGGAUUUGAUGCUCACACUUUUGACCUUGUCAUCGCUUCUAAUGUUAUCCAUGCCACUCCCAAUAUACGUUCUACGCUCAGUCAUGUCCAUAGUUUGCUCAAGCCCACUGGGCGCUUUCUACUACAUGAAAUUAGCCCAGAUAUCCUAAUUGCAGAUUUUACCAUGGGAGUAUUCAGCGGCUGGUGGCUUGGCGAGGAAGCCGAACGAGCAGAAAAGCCGUACAUCUCACCUGAACGGUGGGAUCAAGAGUUGCGAGCUACAGGCUUCACCGGAACCGACACUGUGGCUUACGAUCAAAAACCGCCAUAUCAUAUAUCUGCCAGCAUGCUGUCCCGACCCAUGGACCAGAAGAUGCACGAUCCGAUGGAAAUCUGGUUACUCAAAGGCAGCAAUGCCCUUUCGCAGUGGGCAGCUGAGGUCGAGUUGCUUUUCCAUGACCAAGGCUACACCCCUGUCUGGACAAGGCUGGACGAACCCGCACCCAAAGGCAAAUUUGUCGUAUCUCUGUUGGACAUUGAGGGGACUCCGUUAAGCACUCUACCCAAACAGGAGUUCGAGGUGUUCCAACGUUACAUAGAACAAGUGCAAGAGUGCAAAGUUCUUUGGGUCACGAGAUCAACCUCGCUCACCUGCUCGGAUCCAUCAUUUGGCUUUAUUCACGGGCUUGCCCGGACUUUACGGUCGGAGCUGUUGCUUGAUAUCUCCGUACUUGAGAUCCCUACGUUGGAUACGGCUUCCGCAAAAACUGUCAUCGAGCUGUGUGAGCAUAUACAGAGAUCCCGAGAGCUCUUACCCCCCGAUCCGGAGUAUGAGUUCGCUUUGCAUAGAGGUGACAUUAACGUCGGCCGGUUCCACUGGACACCUCUUAUCAAGCAACUCGCAAAUCCACCUCGGGCAGAGGCCUCCAGGAAGCUAACCCUAACGGCUUACGGGCUACUGGAUACAUUAUACUGGGCUGAGAAAGAUCCCUCCUAUUAUUUGGGGGCUGGGCAGGUCGAAGUGGAGAUGGACCACAUAGGCUUGAAUUUCAAAGAUAUGAUGGUUGCAAUGGGCUUCUUCGGGACCAAAGAAGACCUUGGCCUCGAAGGUAGCGGCACCGUGCUUCAAGUUGGACAAGAUGUCACGGAAAUAUCUAUCGGUGACCGCGUCGUCUUGAUGCAUUCUGGGGUCCUGGCCUCAAAUGUCGUGGUGCCUCAGGAAGCUUGUCUCAAGCUGCCGGAAGGAUUGUCCAUGCUAGACGCUGCUACGAUGCUAACAGCCUACAUCACUGUGCUCUAUUCCCUGCUUGAGAUCGGUGCCUUGAGGAAAGGCCAGGCAAACCAGUCCGUUCUCAUCCACUCCGCCUGCGGCGGUGUCGGAUUAGCUGCGCUUCACGUAUGCCGGGCUGUUGGUGCCGAGAUCUAUGCCACCGUCGGCAACGACACCAAGGUGGCCCAUUUGAUGGAGAAUUUUGGUUUACCGCGAGAGCGCAUCUUCAACUCUCGCAACACGUCCUUCCAGCCAGACCUAAUGCGUGUCACUAACGGACGGGGAGUUGACAUAGUGCUAAAUUCAUUAUCAGGCAACCUCCUCCACGCAUCAUGGGAAUGCGUUGCGAAGUUUGGACGGAUGAUCGAGCUGGGGAAACGUGACUUUAUAAGUCAUGGCAUGCUUAAUAUGAGUCUAUUCGAGGCCAACCGAUCAUUCUUCGGUGUCGAUCUCGCACAGGUUUGUAAGGACACUCCAGAGAUUCUCAAAAGAACUCUGGCAACCUUUUCCGAUUGGUAUCGUCAAGGGAGAAUUGCACCGAUCACACCUAUCAAACUAUUUGAUGCAGUCGAUGUCGUCAGCGCCUUCCGGUAUAUGCAGGCUGGUACUCACAUCGGUAAAAUAGUGGUACGUAUGCCAAUCUCCGUGGAGGAACUGCCUCUUCCCACCGUAAAGGUGCACCCAUCUUUCCGAUCUAAUGCCGCCUACCUGAUUGUCGGGGGGCUCGGUGGUAUUGGACGGUCGGUGUCGACGUGGAUGGUCGAGCAGAACGCCCGAGAGCUUGUCUUCCUCUCACGGUCGGCAGGCAAGUCUGAGGAGGAUCAAGCAUUUGUUCGCGAACUUGAGGCGCAAGGAUGUCAUGUCAUCUGCAUAGCAGGUAGCGUCACAGACCUCAAGGUGGUUAAGGACGCUGUUGCCACAUGCACUCGGCCUCUUGCUGGCGUCCUUCAGAUGGCCCUUGACUUGAAGGAUUGUCUCUUCUUAGAGAUGAGCCACGAGGAAUGGGAAGCCGCUCUCGCUCCGAAAGUCACCGGCACCUGGAAUCUGCACCACGCCACCGCGAAACACUCCCUGGAUUUCUUCGUUGUAUUCGGCUCCAUCUCCGGCAUUUGUGGGAAUACCGGACAGGCCAACUACGCAGCAGCAACAUCAUUCCUCGACGCAUUUACCCGUUACCGACGACGGCAGGGACUCCCGUCCUCUAUCCUGCACCUCGGCGUCGUCGGCGAUGUAGGAGCCGCAAGCCGCAACCCCCGCUUCAACCAGAGAGUCCAAUCCAUCGGGCUGCAAGUGCUCCACGAAGCUGAAGUGAUUGACGGACUCGCCGCAGCAAUCAAAAUAUCUCCAGUCGUCUCUUCUAGUACUACGGGAGCUAUAUGUAUAGGCUUGGCCCACACCCGACGCCUCGCGGAUCUGCCGAAGGGAAUAUUCCUCGGCGGCCGCGACGCGCGCUUCUCGAUCUAUCCAAACCUCGAGUCUACCAAUGCGGGCAUUGGAGAUCAAUCUUCUCAUGCGAACGCGUUGAAGGCCCUUCUUGCUCAGAUCCAGGCUGAUCCGUCGUUGACCAGUAAACGGGAGACUGAGCUGGCGCUGAUGGCGGAGCUGGGCAAGUUCAUCAGUCAUAAUCUUACGGGAGAGGCGCAGGAGCAGGGUCAGGAUGGUGCGGAGGAUACUGAGGCUAUAGCAGGUAUGGCGGUGGACUCGCUUAUGGCUAUUGAGGUUAGGAAUUGGCUGAGGAGGUCGCUGGGUGUGGAGAUUGCCACGGUUGAAAUUAAUCGGGCGGCGACGCUUGGUGGGUUGGUAAAGGUUGUUUUGAAGGGUCUGAGAGAGAAGUAUGAGCAGCGUGCGACUUAG